AUGGCAGGCUCUCCGCCAGAAUCGCCGGGGACACUACCUCCGCGACCACUAAGCGCCAUGGUGAGGGCCGCGCCGAGGAGUAACAGUCGGAUGAGCAUGAACAGCAAGGCCGGUGGAGGAAGCAGGGCCUCGGAUGAAGAUGCCAGGACUUCGGUUAGAGUUGCCGUUCGCGUUCGGCCGCCACUGAAUCCCGAAGACCCCGGCUACGAUCUCAUCCCCCAGCGAUUCCAGCGGUCUAUGGUCCAGGUCACGUCGAGUACAAAUCUGGCAAUCGACGCACCACAAGGGAAGAAGCUCUUCGUCUUCGAUAGGGUUUUUGGGCCCGAUGUGGAUCAGGAGGGCAUUUGGGAAUACCUCAACGACUGUGUCAACUCGUUUACCCAGGGAUACAAUGUUUCUCUCCUCGCUUACGGCCAGUCGGGCGCGGGGAAGUCGUAUACUAUGGGCACGUCUGGCCCUGCCGAGCAGGGAGAUCUGGAGGUUAUGGGUGUUAUCCCGCGUGCGGCCACGGCACUUUUCGAGAGGCUUGAUGGGCCGAAAGGCAACCCCAACCGUAAUUCCAUGUCUCAGCUGCGGACCCCAGCGAGAUAUUCUAUGCAACCUGCAAGCCUGAAGGGAGAGAAGAACUGGACUCUGAAGGCGACAUAUGUUGAAAUCUACAACGAGCAGCUCCGGGACCUCUUGAUUCCGGACCAUAUCCCGUCGCAUGAGCGAGGCAGCGUGACGAUUCGCGAAGAUGUUAAGGGCAACAUCAUCCUCACUGGUUUGCGACAAGUCGAGAUCAAUUCGGUGGACGACUUGAUGAAUGCGCUGAAUUUCGGCUCGACGCUGCGGCAGACGGACGCGACUGCUAUUAACGCAAGGUCGUCGCGAUCGCAUGCCGUCUUCAGUCUCAAUCUGGUGCAGCGGAAGAACAAGCUGCAAACGACGCAGGGCCCCGAAAAACGCUUUUCGGUACCUCUCGAGGCCAUGUCGGGGACCGAAACAUGGGUAACCACGGACAGCAAGCUGCAUUUCGUGGAUUUAGCCGGCAGCGAGCGUCUCAAAAACACCGGGGCGCAGGGUGAGCGGGCCAAAGAGGGCAUCUCAAUCAACGCGGGCUUGGCAGCGCUCGGAAAAGUCAUCUCGCAGCUUUCGUCGCGCCAGGCCGGCUCGCACGUGUCAUACCGAGAUUCCAAGUUGACACGCCUCCUCCAGGACUCCCUCGGCGGCAAUGCGAUUACCUACAUGAUCGCCUGCGUGACGCCGCCGGAAUUCCACCUCAGCGAGACGCUCAACACGGUGCAAUAUGCCCAGAGGGCCCGAGCCAUCCAGAGCAAGCCGCGGAUCCAGCAGGUCGAGGAGGGUGACAAGCAAGCCAUAAUUGAUCGGCUGAAGGCCGAGGUGGCCUUCCUGCGUGAGCAGAUCCGGAGUGCGGAACGUGGCGGGGGUGACAGACGCAUGCUUGCCGCAGGCGAGAGGUCCGAGCGGCAGAACGAGCGGGAGGUUGAGCUCCAGAACCAGUUACUGGACUCGCAGGAAAAUUACACCACGCUAAGUCAGCGCCAUGCGAAACUCAUUGCCGAGAUGGCUAAGGCUCGGGAUAAUGAGCUCGCCGAAAACGAGCAGCUCGAGCACUCCCUGGGCGAUAGCGCAACGGAGCGGUUAAAUCGGUCCAACAGCUUCGCCCAGGCCGUCGAGCAGGUCGUCCUGGAAUAUGAAAAGACUAUCCAGUCUCUGGAACAGUCGCUGUCCAGCACCCGUACCACCCUGUCCAACACUGAGACGUCGCUUCUCGAGAAGGAAACUAAGUGUGCCUAUACCGAGACCAUCAACUCACAGCUCCAGGCGCGACUGCAGAAGCUUAUGGACCGCGAGGCCAGUACCGAGAACUAUCUUCACGACCUGGAAUCAAAGUUGGAUGGCCAUACGUCCGGCGAGGAGAAGAAUGCCACCAUUAUCUUGGAGUUGCGCAAGGAGAUUGCGCGCGUACGAGAGAAUGAGGCCACCUGCGAGGACUACAUCUCCACGUUGGAGGAGCGGCUCGCCGAGGCUGACCAGGAUGCUGAACUGAUGCAACGCGAAAUCGACCGCUUGGAGCAGGUUGUGGAACGACAGCGCAGCCUCGGGAAGCUGGAUUCACUGUUGUACGAGCUCGACCAUAUCCAGCAGGACGCCAAGGCGCCCGAAGCCGAGCCUGAGCUCAAUAACGGCACUACCCGACAGCGAGGUAACAGUCGGGGCACGGCAGACCAUUCGCGCAGCCAGAGUCAUGUCAGCCGUCACUCCCACAAAGAAGAUGUCAUCCUCGAGGGUGACGAGAGUGACGACGUGGACGAGGACACGACGCCGCUGGCUGAGGAUGAGAGGGCCGCGAGAGAAGCGACACCGCAGCCGUCGCUGGAGACACUUGACGCGAGCCCAGAGGCUCCCGAGGACUACCCCGCAAGCCCUGCGCAAUCCAGGUUCGUAGCCGACAAGCUUGAGACGAUGACCCAGGAGCUUGUCCACCUCAGGGUCGAACAUGAGACCACGCUCAACGAGUUCGAUCUGCUCCAUGCCAAGUAUGACGAGGCUCUUCGAGCCCUCGCCGAGCUUCAGGACUCCAUCGACGAGGCGCGCCAUCCUAACCGCCAGCGCGAUUCGAUGCUGUCCGUGACAUCCCCGACACAGACAAGACCCCCGUCCUACCUGUCCGACGCAAGAUCGAGCGAAACAAAGGAUGGAGGCCGCUACUCGUCAUCGCGGUCGCUUUCUUCCGAGUUGUCAUCAGCCAUGGAAUCCCCUGCUACCAUGCUCGACAGUUCCGACGCCGAGACGGCCGUGCCCAACAGCUCGAACGAACAUGACGCGAAUGGCGGCGACCUAGCGGCAGAACUGAGUCGGUUGAAGUCAAUGGCUGCGGCAAAGGAGUCGGCGGAGCAAGAGCUGGUCGAGAAGUAUGCCGAACUGGAAAGAAAACACCACGAGACACUCGACGUCGUGGAGGAACUCAAGACCGAGGUUGCCAAAGCCCAGGCUGCUACUACAGAAGCCUCGUCGCCGAGGGGCAGUACCCCCGUAAUCCGCCGCAAAUCGAGCCAGAACGUCAUGAUCAUCGACCGCGCACACCGAUCCUUCGCAUCUCUCCGCAACAUUGCGAGCGAGAAUUUCGAGGACCAACCCGAUGUGAUGCAGAACUUCGAACUCAACCUGAACGCUGCGAUGCAUGAGCUCCACGCCCGCUCGGAGAGGAUACAGGAGCUCGAGGCAGACGUUGCGUCAGCCAGGAAGGAGAUGGAGACAAAGAUGACAAUCAUCUCGGGCCUGACUCGGGAACGCUCGAGCCUGAAAGCGUCUCCCAUGGAUAUGGCGGUGGUGUCCAAUUUGAGAGAGCAGCUUGAGAAGAAUGAGAAGCAACUCCAGGAGAUCCAAGAAGCCCGCGCCGCCCGCGAGAGAGAACUGGAGCUCGAAGUUAGCGAGUUGCGGAAAUCAUUGAACAAGUCGGCCGAACCCCUCGAAGGACAAGUCAACGACGGGACAGCCCGUGAUCUGCCCCAGCAAUACGAGGCCCACGAGAAGAAAAUAGCCGAGCUCGAGUCAGAGCUUGCCAGCUGGGAAGCGAAGCACCAAACGGCAUUGGAGAACAUGCGUGCCGCCGAGACGGAAACGAGAAAGACGAUUGAGGAACUCGAAGCCCAGCUCGCCCAGCUUUCCGAGUCCAAGGAUAAGAUGAAGAAGGAUGGCGAUGAUGCCGAGGAGAUGGAGACCAAGCACCAGAAGCUCGUCGGUUUCUUACGCAGCGAGAUCGACGAGUACAAGGCCACCAUCAACAGCAACGUCUUGAAGCUCGCCGAAGUUGAAGAACAGCAUGCUGCAGCCAGGAAUCUGCUCGACGCCGCAUCUCGGGACCGGGAUGCAGCUGCUGGCGACCUGGAGACCCAGAGACAGCUUGUCUCGUCGUUGCAGAACCAGAUUGCUAGCCACGAAGAGGUUAUCAAGACGCACCACGACAGCCUCGAAGAGCUCCGGGCCGCGCACGCGCACGAGAUCGCCGAGAUCGAGGCGUCUACGAAGCAAGAAUACGACUCUCAAUUGGCGACCAUCAUGUCUGAGCAUGCCGAGAACGUGAGGGCGCUCGAGAGCGAGCUCACCGAAACCCGCGAAGAUCUGAUGAAGGUUGCCACUCAAGUCGCGUUCGCCCUGGGUCUCGAUGUCAGCGUCGAAAUGAUCACGGAGCGCAUUGACGACCUGAUCGCUGACCAGAAAGCACUCAGCCAAGAGCAGAGGAUGCGGGCAGAGCUCGAGGGGCAUGUGAACGACUUGACAAAUAUCAAUGACACCAUCAUGCGGGAUUUGGAGGCCGUCAAGUCGGCCAUGACGGAAAUAAUGUCGUCCGACGGCGAGCAGCUGAAGAGCCCAUACCCGUCUGUAACGGAGCAGUUCUUGGUUGUGAAGAAGAAGCUGGUCGAUCUGGAGACGAAGAACAAGAAGAACUCGCGCCUCGUCGAGGAGCUUGAAGACCAACUCCAGACCAACUUUGACCAGACACAGAUGACCAACAACCGCUUGUCCACCCUGCAGACGGAGCGCAACGCCCAGCUCGAUGAAGCAAACGCGGCUAGGUCGAAGCUUCAGUCGGAACUGGACACCAUCAAAGAGGAAUAUGCCUCGCUCCAGGCCAAGUUUGAAAGCAGUAAUUCGGUCGACGGGCCCCAACGUACCAACUCGAUGAACUCGCAUCUUCGCAAGAGCGCAUCGGUCGCCUCCCUCCCAUCUCCCCCGCCCGCCAUCCCUCUUCCUCCUCUGCCCAGCACUUCAGGUGGCGCGCCGGCCGGCGUUUCAGGCCAGCCAGGUUCACCCACGGGCCGACCGGGAAGCAAGGACAUCGCCAUCUCCCAGAUCCAGGAGGACCAGGAAGCACGCAUCCGCACCAUCGAGAAGCACCUGCAUGCUGAGAAGCAGCUGACCCAGACUCUUGAGGAGGCCCUCACGGACCUGGAACACCAGCAGAACAAGAUCAAGGCAGACUGUGACGCAUGGCGCCGCCGAUGCACUGAUCUCGAGACCGAACUGAAGGACCUGAAGGAGAAGCCGCAGGAUCAGCGGUGGAGCUUGCACCAGGUCGAAGAGGAGCGCAAGAAGCGCCGGGAUGCGGAGAUCGCGAGGGCACACCUCGAGGAACGCAUGAAUGCCAUCUCGAAGAAGAAGAAGAAGGGCAGCCUCAACUGCUUCUAG